CCAGCCGGUGUAUUUGGAUACAAAGUCAGCCUAGAUACUGACAGCUGCGUCUAGAAAUGGCAAGUCCUUUGGAGAAAAAAGCUAUUUGAUUGUGAAGGACAACUGGCCACCCGACUGACCCAGAUGAGUAAGGACUCCAAGACUAUUCAUUUUGUGGAAUUGGAUAAUGGAAUCUGAUGGUGGAUAUUUGGAUGCGAUCACACGCCCAUGCGACAAUGUCAAUGGAUGUUGUGAUGCACAGGGUCCAGGCUUUUUUUCCCGUAAAUAUUUGAAUAUUUAAUAUUUGGUUUAUUUGAACCAGAAGACAAUAUGCAAUAUACACAUAAAGACUGGAUUAUAAUUCUAUUUUGCACUAAAAGGGAGGAUUAGGCUUUUAUUAGGCCUGUUACAUUAUUAUUAUUAUUAUUAAUGCCUCGAAGAUGGUGCAUCUGUCUAUCAUAGCCAAAGAAAACACGUUACCGUAGAGGAUUAAUCGCCUUAUUUGAAUCACGUCAACUCGGAUCAGAGACACACAACUAUUUGCAAUUGGAAUUACAGCGUGAUGCCUUCACAAAACCCAUCAUUAAUUGUUAUGGUAGGCUAUUUCGUUCUCUAACCUAGCGUGUGAAGGUUUCGAAAAGCACUGAAACAUAUUCCGUAGAGCCAGCAGGUGCGGGAUCUUUGAUCACAAAUAAAUGAAACGUGCAACAUCGUAUCCAUAUAAGUAGACAAGGCUUUUUUUUGCCUGUGGUUACAAAUGUAUCAGAUGUUUUGAAUGAGCAUCGUCUUAUAUCCUACAACAUAAAGGUUAGAUAAUAAUGGCAAAAACAGACCGUGCUGUACCGAUGGUGUCUGUGUCUCUGGACUCGCGCGGUCGCGUAUGCUCACUGUAUAGCGUUUAUUGAAACAUUACCGUGCGCAGAACUUAGGCCGGACAAUGUAACAAUACAAACGAUCAAUCAUUGAUGUGCGCUGACUACAAAGAUGCUAAAUGUUCAGGCACUCAAUUGUCUUUGCCUGACUGCUGUCCGCCGUAAUUCCCCGUCUAAAAAUGAACGAGCAUGCUAUUUAAGGACAUUCAACUGGCUUAUACGUUUAUCGAUGUAGACCUACAUGAUCUAGAAGAGGCAGCAUCAAAGUAGGGAAAUAUUUCAAUCGAUUAUUUCAACAAAAUACGAGGUCAAGACAAAUUGCUGUAAUUCAUCGCUGUCAAAAAGCCCAAUGACCGUGUAAUAACGAGAUGUCAGUAAUAACGAGAUGUCGGACAUGCGAUAUUCUUCUGCCCUGUGCUUGUUUGGAAAUAACAACGAUCCUUGCUCAGAGGAUGUUAAACUACGCAGAUUACACUAUUUACAAUCAAUUGGUCAACAAAUAGCCUAUUUAGAUGUGCGAUCUCCUUUAGUUGUCGUGUAGCUUCCUCGCUGCCUUUGGCCUCUUAUAAUCUUCAAGGAGAGGAGCUAGCCUCUUUAAAUCGCUGAGUCAGGAUCUGUUCUCAGUGAGGCGACAUGAAGUGCAGCGUUGGCUAUGUCUUAUUACUCAUUAGGGCAAAAAUGUAAGGAACUAAAAAUGGUAAGACGCCAUAAUAAACUCAACUUUUGUGGCCCACUCAGACCAUCCGGCGCUUGCUGAAUCUUGAGAGGGAGACAGUAAACACAAUCAGUAGUCUAAUAUGAAAUAGCAAUAGAUGCUCAGGGAUACCCUAGUUGUAAAAGCAGUGUGGGACGUUACAGAGACAGUGUUCUGAUCCUGAGCAUGCUCUCCUGAGCAGCGCAAAGCUAUCCCAUCCACAAGGACCUCAUCUCACAGUACUGAAGAGGGUCUACUUUGGGAUUUUCCCAGGCCAGCCUUGACUCUCUGGUAGCUUUCUAGACCAUACCAUUGAAGAAUAAACAGUAGCCUCUCUCAGGGAUGGCCAUGGUUCUGCCCUGAUCGCUUUUUUCCUUUAGAAACACACCCCAUAGAGAACCUGUUAUAGGAAUACAUGCUAAAUACACACUGCAUUAUACAUGGUAAUACAGGCUGCUACACACACAUGAUUGGUGACAGGAACUGGAACUACCCCAGUAAACGGGGACAGUGAUGGGACAGUGGAGCUUUGGUCUGCCUGUCCACUGAUCUGUCUCUCCUCUGGUUAAGAGGCCUGGAUUCAGCUGAUGGGCCCUGCAUGGAUUUUGUGCGUGAGUUGACAGAGGGCAGGCCCACACCGCUGACCAGCAGCCGAGCAGCAAUGGACCCAUAUGCCAGAGCGAGCAGCACAGCAGCCCCCCUGCCCUGCACCAGCUGUGGGGGCUGCUGCGACCCUCCUCCCCCUGGCCUCAUGCUAGUUGGUCCCCUUGGCCCCCCUUAUGGCCCCCCUCUUUCCUCCAUGCCCCCACAUAUGACCCCUGCUCCCCCGGUGUGUUCUGCUACAGCUGUCCAGGCUGAGAAUGGAAGCAGCUGGAACUCCUCCUCUGGUUCUCCAGACUCCCACCCUGGCAGCACUACCACCUCCAACCCCUACUGGAUGGCCGUGUUUGACUACGAGGCCACGGCAGACGAGGAGCUGACCCUGCGGCGCGGGGACCUCCUUGAGGUCCUCUCCAAGGACUCCAAAGUGUCCGGGGAUGAGGGCUGGUGGACGGGCAAGAUCCAGGACAAGGUGGGCAUCUUCCCAUGCAACUACGUUACUCGGAGGGACGCCGGCAGCUACCCGCAGCUAGCCCCAGGAGGGCUGGUGGCGGGUGGGGUGCCUGAGGGGUGCCCCCUGGAGAUCGACUUCACGGAGCUGGUGCUGGAGGAGGUGAUCGGGGCGGGGGGGUUUGGGAAGGUGUACAGGGGGAUGUGGCAAGGGGAGGAGGUGGCAGUUAAAGCUGCCAGGCAGGACCCUGACGAGGACAUUAGCGCCACAGCUGAAAGCGUACGACAAGAGGCCAGGCUUUUCUGGAUGCUCAGACACCCCAACAUCAUCAACCUGAUAGGGGUGUGCUUGCGAGAGCCCAACCUCUGCCUGGUGAUGGAGUACGCCCGCGGGGGGGCCCUGAACAGAGCCCUAGCUGGGAAGAAGGUACCCCCCAGGGUGCUGGUGAACUGGGCCGUGCAGAUCGCCACAGGGAUGGACUACCUGCACAAUCAGACCUUUGUACCUGUUAUACACAGAGACCUCAAGUCUAGCAACAUCCUGAUCCUGGAGCCCAUUGAGAGGGAGGAUCUGGGUGGUAGGACCCUGAAGAUCACAGAUUUUGGCCUGGCACGGGAGUGGCACCAGACCACCAAGAUGAGCGCGGCGGGCACCUACGCUUGGAUGGCCCCCGAGGUCAUCAAACUCUCCCUGUUCUCCAAGAGCAGCGACGUCUGGAGUUUCGGGGUGUUGCUAUGGGAGCUGCUAACAGGAGAGGUUCCGUACCGUGAGAUAGAUGCGCUGGCCGUGGCGUACGGAGUGGCCAUGAACAAACUGACCCUGCCCGUCCCGUCCACCUGUCCCGAGCCCUUCGCACUCCUGCUGGCAGAGUCCUGGAGCCCUAACCCCCACAGUCGCCCGUCCUUCACUAAUAUCCUGAUGCGACUGCUGGCCAUCGAACAGUCGGCCAUGUUUCAGAUGCCCCUGGAGUCCUUCCACUCUCUGCAGGAGGACUGGAGGCUGGAGAUCCAGCAGAUGUUUGACGAGCUCAGGGCCAAGGAGAAGGAGUUGCGUUCCUGGGAGGAGGCGUUGGCUCGUGCGGCUGAGGAGCAGAGGGAGCAGGAGGAGCAGCUGAAGAGGAGAGAGCAGGAGCUGGCUGAGAGAGAGAUCGAUAUCGUGGAGCGUGAACUCAACAUCAUCAUCCACCAGAUGUACCAGGAGAAGCCCAGGGUCAAGAAGCGCAAGGGCCACUUCAAAAAGAGCAGACUACUCAAACUGGGCCGAGACAGCAACAGCAUCAGUCUGCCCUCUGGUUUUGAGCAUAAGAUCACAGUGCAGGCGUCUCCGAGCGUGGAUAAGAGGAAACCCCAGGGCAGUGAGAGCACCACACCUCCAGCCAGCCCAGGGGUCAUACCCCGUCUCAGGGCCAUACGACUGACGCCCAGCGACGGCAGUAAGACAUGGGGCCGCAGUGCCGUGUGUAAGAAGGAGGACCUGGCAGCUAGCAAAAAGAAGGGACGCACCUGGGGCCCCAGCUCCACUCUCCAGAGAGAGAGACUGGGUGGAGAGGACAGGUUGAAGUCGCUAGGCGACGGAUGCAAGGUGUGGUCCUCUAGUGCCCCGAAUCUGGGCAAGUCUCCAAAACACGCUCCAAUGACCGUCGGCUUCUCCAGCCUCAAUGAAAUGGAGGAGCACUGUGAGUUGGAGGAGUCGCCCGGGUCUCUGAUGCCCCCAGAGACCAGCAGUAACGGGUCUGUGGAGGAGGGAGGUCCCUCGUGUGGCGGGCUGGGGCCCGGGCUGGCGCCUGCUGGGCUAGGGAGCGGGGUGGGUUACCAGGACUCUCUGCGGCGCUGCAGCCAGAGGAAGAAGAGCGACCUGCUGCUACUGGGCUGUGCCUCCCUACUGGCCUCUGUAGGUCUGGGGCUGGACCUGCUACAGCUGGGGAGACUACAGGUCCAACAGGACGAGCAGGACCUUAGAGAGGAGCAGCGCAAGAAAAAGGACAGCCUUUUCCAGCGAACGGGUCGCUUCCGCCGCAGCACCUCUCCUCCGAGCCGCGCCCUGUCCCUCUCUCUGUCCCGCCGCCACGACUCUACUCUCCCCUGCACGGACCCCUCUCCCUCCGUCACCCUCCUCUCCCUCUCCUCCCUCUCAGACUGCAACUCCACCAAAUCCCUCCUUCCCUCGGACCUUGAGGACUUGGUGUUGACCCCUGCAGUGGGCGUCUCCCUCCCCGCGGUGCCCCCCGUCCCCUCCCUUAACCCCCUCCUGGAUCUGAGGGCAGAGAGCUUCAAGAGGGAGCCCAACCAGUCCCUCACGCCCACCCACGUGUCUGCAACCAUGAACAGGGGACACAGACGCACCCCCUCUGAUGGGGCGAUACGCCCCCGCGCCCAAACCCUAGGGCACCGCAGGACCCCCUCGGACGGCAGCAUGCCCAUGCCGCCCCCACCAGGGCCCCGCAUCCUCCCCCUACAUGCAGGUUACAAGGAGACCCUGGAUAUACCCCGACUCCCUGACCCUUUCAGCCUCUUCCCAAGGGUCCUCCGCCGCAAGGCCCCUGCUCCGCCUGUCCCCGUCCCGGUCCUGGAGCCCCUGACCAUCAUCAGUCCCUUGGAGAGGCCCAAGACCUUGGAGUUCGCACCCCGGCCUCGGCCAACACCAGCCAGGGUGCGACCGGACCCAUGGAAGCUGGGCUCCCUGUCCAGAACCCUGAGCUCGUCCCCGGGCAGCAGCUGUGACAGUCCCCUGGGCUCUGGGGACAGCAGUGCCAGCACCGGCGCUGCCAGGCCCAACCUCAUGGACAUGGAUGUGGAUGGACAGGAUCUGGACGGCACCCUGCCCCUGUGUGAACAGCACCAGGCUGCACAGCUCUGUGGACAGAACUAUGGCUAAGUCACACAUUACUGUAUAUGGGCAACACUGCUCCUAGUGCACACUUCAAAGACUCCUGGUGUGCACACUUUAUUUCUGCUACCCAAUCCCUUUGCGAACAGUACUUCUACUAGUGUCCACCCUGAAACCCACUUGAGCGGGCUGUACCUCUCUCCUGCUGGUCACUCCUAAGCCUUGUGCCCCCUAGACUCCUAGUGCUCCUAGUACACACCCAGCAUCCGGGACAGCACACGUCUUAGUGUCCCUUCCAAAGCCGCCCAGUGUGGGACAACAUUCCUCUAAGUGACCACUCCGCAGUCCCUAGAGUCCAAACCUUUAGUGCCCUAGUGACCAGUGUGCCCUGCUAAUCUUCCACAUAUUACCUGUCCUCUAAAAGGAAGGAAUGUGUAAGCCAUUCCACUUCCAGACGGACACUUCUAAGUGCUCAUCCCGAUUUACAUGUACUGCAGUAGUACUCGUUCUGCUAAACCACCCCGUUGACUCUCUGCCUCUCUCUACGCAGGUGUCGCGUCUGUCUCUGCUCGCUCCUUCCCCAAAGACUAGGGCUGAAGCUUUGCCAGCCGUAGACACAUUCACAUCUCAACAGGGUUGGAAUUAUUAUCUUGGGAGUGCCCCUGUCCAUGUUAAUAGUUGUUUUGUGGGGGUGACCUGAUUUAUUAUGAGAGCACCUCGGGGGUUCCCUUCAUAUGGGCCCUGCUGCCCCUCCUUCAUAUUUACAUGUAGUCAUGGUAGGUAGACGCUCAAAUCCUGAGGCACUUCCAAAUCAGUGCAUAAGUUGCCCUCUUAUUGUCCAUCACCUUCUAUAGAACUCAUUUCCACCUCCCUCACCUCCACAUAGCAUCUUCCUGUAUAGGGAUGGUCUCUGUCCUCCCCCUCUCCCAAAGACUGCAACAGGAACAGGGAAGCCAUUUUAAGCUCCACAGCACAAUCAACAGGACUUUAUUUCCUCAGCUCUGUACAGCAAAUUCAUUUUAUUCUUCUCAAUGCUUGAACCAUUCCAGCCAUAACCUGUUUAGCACAGCAUUUUCUAUUGGUUUGGCGAAUUGUGUGUCUGUAUGGGUGUACACUGUGUGUCUGUGUGGGUGUACACUGUGUGUCUGUGUGGGUGUACACUGUGUGUCUGUGUGGGUGUACACUGUGUGUCUGUGUGGGUGUACACUGUGUGUCUGUGUGGGUGUACACUGUGUGGGUGUACACUGUGUGUCUGUGUGGGUGUACACUGUGUGUCUGUGUGGGUGUACACUGUGUGUCUGUGUGGGUGUACACGUGCUCGUCCAUGUCUGCUUGUGUUUCGGUACCGCAUGUUAUUUUGGGUGAAGGAUGUACUGUAGAACGAGCAAAUCUGUUGUGAGAGAGCCGAAACAGGAUGCUUUUCUCCCUCAUUCUUUACCUUAUGUCCUCAUAGGUUUGCAAAACGUCCAAUAUUUUUUCCAAAAUUCCCUGGUUUACCAGAAAUCCUGGUUGAAAGAUUCCUGCAAUAGCAGGAAAUACGGGAAUUGUUGAACCAGUAUUUCUGGAAAACCAAGGAAUUUAGGGAAAGUGUGAAAGUUAUAAGCUGGAGUUUCCCAGCAAACGUCCUCUCUCUCACCGUCAUCACUGCUCUGUAUAGAGCCCCUUAUACACUCUGUUAUAUGGACAGUUUACUACAACAAAAGUCCUCUGAGAGCAGAGGAGGACCAUGGGAAAUGAGGGUUAAUCCACUUGCAAUAAAUGGUUAAUGAAUACUACCUGUUUUCUACAAAAAAAAACGAAUUCCCACAUUCCGUACCCCUGACUUCCUUUUCCUCACCUACUGGAUAGUGAUACAGCAUCAUUGAAGGGAAAAAGGACCCAAUCUUUGGUUAAAGAGCCAUGAUAUUGACAUUGACAUGUCCGUGUCACAAGAGUACAGACUGUGAAGGACUUGACACAAGGUGCUUGGGAUGUGGACGGCGAAUCGAGAGAACUCUGUAUUCUCUUGCAGGCCCGUGAGUGCACCACACCGUCUGGUUGCUGAAAGAAGAGGAAGAAGGACACUUUUUAAUGGCGCAGUUGGUCAAGGCUACAUACAAGUAUUUACUUGACUAUGUGUAUGGGAGUGUGUGUAUGCGUGUGUGCGUGUGUGUGCAUGUGUGUGUGCGUGUGCGUGUUUAGUGUUAUUAUUUGUAUGGGAUGAUGUCAAUCCCAUAGGGAGAGGGGUGAGCCAAACUCAUCCUUAUUCUCCUUGUGUGGUUAAGAACGCUCAAAGUAUUUAUUAAAAUGAUUGUUAUAAUUGAAAUAAUGAUUCAUUAUUGUUAUUAUGAUUCUCUUUCCCGGAAUAUCUGUAUAUAUAUAUAUCAUAUAUUUUGUUAAUAUAACACAGACCAACCAAGGAAAACCAAGAAAACUACAGACUGACGUUCAUGUACAGUAUGGAUGGGAGAUUGUCUACGACCUGUCUCAGUCUGUGACGUUCUGGGAUACAUGACGAAAGAGGGAUGUGCUGUUGACUGUUGAGCUGCGACGAUGAACGAUUGAAUGAAUUACGUAAUAAAAGAGGAAGAGAGGUGCUUGCUGUGUCUCUGCUGUUCCUGUCACUCGCUCUGUGGAGUUACAUCCAUAACGUUGGCUGUCGUUCUAUUCCCGGUCAAUUCUACCAUGUGCUCUAAUGCUUGUAAUAGCUGAACAUUUCCAUGGCUUAUUUUUUAAAUAACACACAUUAUACUGUAUCCCUGUGAGCAGGAUAAAGGCCUGGCUGCAAUAACAGGGAUCAUCCUCUAGAUGUCAUCAAAGCUGAUCAUGACAUGUCAUUUUGUGCCAAAUAUACUUACUAGGACAAGCAUGGUAGCUGGUUGUGCAUUUUGAGAGUCAUUUAGUUGUUCACAGGUAUCUUCCAGGUUUCCUUCUGUGGAGUUGUACGCUCUGACAUUUUCCUCUGUCUUUUGUUAUGAGUAUUAAGAGAUUGCUCCCACUUGAGCAUGAGACCACCUUUAAUAAACAGUCCAACAGGAUCCCUCCAGGAUUUUUGGCCUUUGUAACAGAA